AUGUCUAUGGUUGAUUAUGAAGUUAAGUUUACAGCUUUAUCGAGGUUCGCACCCAAGUUUGUACAGAAUGAAGAAGAUAAAUGUACAAAAUUCCAGGAUGGUUUAGAGGCGGCUAUUAAGUCUAGAGUUUCAGUGUUUGAGGAAACAUAUUAUAACAGACUUGUGAAUAAAGCCAUGAUUGCCGAAAGGGAUGUGAAAGAAUUGCAAGAAAGAAGGAAACAAUACAAAAGAAAUAGAUCUGAGCCGUCACAGUCAAGAGGAGGUGAAGGAAUUGCAAGUCAUAAAAGUCAAAGGUCGCGGUAUGGAAGGGGAAGGGGUGGUGAAUCUCAAGGCCAGACAUCAAGUAUUGGAAGAGGUCAAGGGCUUUCCGAACAACAAUCUGUACAACAAGGUAGUUUUGGAGGACGUGGUACUGGCAGGGGGUGUUUUCAGUGCGGAAGGGAAGGUCACCAGAAGAAGGAUUGUCCUAUCUUGAAAGCAGAAGAGUGCUAUCAUUGCCAUCAGCCGGGUCAUCGGAAGAGAGAUUGUCCUAUGUUGACAGGAAUGACAUCAGUGGGCAGUGUUGCUGGUUCUGGUAGAGGUUUUGCACAGGGGAACUCGUCAAGAGGAGGUAAGGGUGUUACAAGUGGUUCGCAAGCCCAGGGAAGAGUGUUUGCUAUGACACUUCAGGAUGCUCAAGCAACACCAGAAGUGGUGACAGGUACACUUUCUAUUUUGGAUAGAAAUGUUACUGUGCUUAUUGAUCUUGGCGAAACCCAUUCAUUUGUUGCAUAA